AUGGCGCCCAUGUUUUCGCGGCCUCAAAACGUCGUUUUCACCGGGGGCUCAUACACUCACAUCGAGAGCACCCAACGAGGCUUUGACAUCCUCCAGAAGCACGUAGCUCUAGGAGCUGUUCACGACUCCGGCGAAAGAUUCGACCCACCACGAUGCCAUCCGAACACUCGUGCUGCCAUUCUCGAGAUUCUACUUGAAUGGGCUAGGAGCGACACGAGCACUUCCUUCUUGCAAUGGCUGUACGGAUCAGCCGGAGCUGGCAAGUCCGCCAUCGCGCAGACACUUGCAGAGCUUUGCGCGUCAGAGAAUCUCUUGAUUGGAGAUUUCUUCUUCUCCAGAAUGGCCAGCGGAAGAAGCACAGAGAAGAAUUUGGUGUCGACACUCGCGUAUCAACUCGUCCUAGCUAUUCCAGAGGCCCGCCCUUACGUCGAGGCAACAAUUGAGCAGGAUCCUAUGAUCUUCCAUCGCUCCAUUGAAGUCCAAUUCAAGAAGCUUAUCGUAAACCCGCUUCUCAAUAUCCCCUCGUCCGACAUUCCGCUGCCACGUCUUAUCAUCAUUGAUGGUCUUGACGAAUGCCAAUCACCAAACAUCCAAUGUUACAUCAUUGACACUCUUACCAAGUCUUUGCAGAACGUGCCCAUUAAUCUGAAAAUCUUCAUCGCUAGCCGCCCAGAGAUCCAUAUAUGCGACGCUUUUGAGGGUGUUUCAGACCAUGCCAUCAUUGAAAGACUCGACUUAUCGAUGCAUGUCGACGAAGCAAAUGCUGACAUUCGGUGUUUUCUGGAGAAUAGUUUCCAGAAGAUAAAGUUAACCCACCCCCUUCGUCGCGACAUUCCGCCGAGCUGGCCUUCAAGAGAUACUAUCGAGAAGCUUAUUCAGAAAUCGUCAGGACAGUUCAUAUAUGCCUCCACCGUUGUCAAGUAUAGCCAAUCCCUGCGACACCUUCCGACCCAGCGAUUAAAAAUCGUUCUUGGGCUUGGAUCGGCUCCUGCAAACCACUCACCUUACGAGCAGCUAGAUGCCUUAUACACGCAUAUUUUGGAGAAUGCCUCGGACGUCGAGUCGGUCCUUCACGUCAUCAGCGUAUUGGAAGAGCACAAAUCCAAGUUCACGAACGACCUUGUCCCGCUCACCCCUCCCUUGCUUGACGAGGUUCUCUUUCGUGAUCCUGGAGGGGUUAGGAUGUGCCUUAUCGACGUGGCGUCUCUCAUCACCUACCAUCUGCACGACCAGCCCAUCCAUGUCGCCCAUGCGUCUCUCAUUGAUUUCCUUUUGGACCGCUCGAGGUCAGGGCGGUUCUGCAUUAGCGACCGCCUUGCAUCUGCUCAAGAUGCGUGGACUGCGAUAUACAUGCACAUGUUCCAACACCUCAGCCUCCAAGCGCCAGACAAAUACCCUCUUUACUCUUUUUUGAGUCGAUUUUACCACGCAGCUUAUGAGGAGAAGCACCCUUACAUCACGUUGCGAUCAGACACGCAGGUCGAGACAUCUCAAGAAAUAGUCUUGAGGUCGAAGUCCCUGCAAGGGUUUGCUUACGAAAUCCCCCAGAUGGAGCACCUUUUGAUGGCCUUUUCACCGUUUCUCGAUACUCUCCAACACUAUGUUCAUACUGGCCCGUCAGAUGCUCUUUCUAUCUACGAAGCUGAAUUUAGGGUAUUGCAAAAGUAUUUGAAGGCAGUCCUCUCUGAAUAUUCCAAAAAUUCCCUCCUCGUGAAGUUGUUGAACGUGAUAUCGGCCGUUUCCUCCCUCAACCAGAGAAAAACGACCGCCUUCUCACGUUCAUUGGAGUGGUUUCCCUCUUAUUCGCCUGAGCCACAGAAGAAUCUCGUCUUGAAUGAUCUUGACAUCAAAAACCUCAGUGCGUUCUGGCGUCCUAGUAGGAUUCGUGACAUUCGAGAAGACCACCGAAUUUGCUCUAGCUAUUCGUUGGAUUUCUUUAUUUACUUCCUCAAGUUCUGCGAACUAUCCAGAACGUAUGAGGAUUUUUUGUCCUACAUCGAGGCGACGCCUCCUCCUUUCGUAGCACGGUUGUUAAACCCAGGGAUUCCUAGGAGUGCUUGGAUGAGUUCGCAAGCUCAACUAGAUCGAACCCGCCAUAGGGCUGCUUUGGCUGAUUCCAGUCGAGAUCCUAGGUCUCCAUCGAAUAUCAUGCCCACGGAAGAUGACAUCACCGCUGUGCAGAUCAUCCUUGACUCAGGCUUCUUCCAAGGCACCAUCGUUAUGAUACAACUACCCUCAACAAGGAAAAAGAAGCAAUCGAGACCAUUUACUUUCACCGCGCUUUUUUCUCCAGGUUUUUUUUCUAAUGGUUCCUCAGAAACCCAAAUUCUCGUUUUCAAGCCUGAGGAUCAACUCCCGCUCGGUUUAAUUCGAGUCCUUUCCCAAACAGACGCGAAAAUUCUAUCUUUACUCAGGAAAACCCAAAAGCUUCAUAGCCACGCUACACCCUUUACAGGCCUGGCGGAUAUCUUCCCCGACUUCCUGCCAUCUGCUGCGAAUUCAGCACAUCGAAAUGGCCUGACUAAGACGAUGAUGCCUGAGAAGAACAUGGACUUUGAAUGUGUUCGAGAUCCGAAAGGACCCCACCUCAGCACGACGGACCCGGACAUUUUAUCUGAAUCCAACUCAAAACUUGGUGAUGAAUCAAUAUCUUAUGUUCAGGAUGAUGUGGAUCAUACUAUUGGCGACUACGGCGUAUCUGUCUCGUCCGGCGGAUUUGGAACAGGAGAGGAAGCAUCAAGACGAAGUCAGAAUACAACCUCACUGUCUCGAUAUUCGAAAUUGGCCGACGAUCAACCUGGUCGACUACUCUAUACCACCCAUCCAAUAAGCUCGAUUCUGUGGUGGAUUUACUGUUCUGUUGCUUUGACCUGGAUGAGUUUGAUUCGUGCUUUCCGUAGCCCGGCCUGA